AUGGGGAAGAGGAAGUCGAGGAAGACGAAGGCGCCGCCGCCGAAGAAGGCGAAGCUGGAGAAGGCCUUCGACUGCCCCUUCUGCAACAGCCGAGCCAGCGUCGAGUGCACCAUCAACCUCAAGGACCGGAUCGCCACGGCCCGGUGCGAGGUCUGCAAGGACGUCUACUUCACCAGCGCCCACGCGCUCACGGAGCCCAUCGACGUCUACAGCGACUGGAUCGACGCCUGCGAGCUUGCCAACGAGGGCGUCGUCAGGGGCGACGAUUUCUGA